CCAAUCUUUUUGUUUGCUCUUCUAUGAGGCUGAGCUGAGAAGGCAGUUUGCUUAGGCAGGAAGGACUACAACUCCCAGAGUGCCCCUGUACGGUUGUCAGGAGCAACCAAGGAAUGCAGACUAACAGCCCUGCUGGAGUCAGGACUAGCCACUGACUGCCUGCCUGCCUGCCUGCCAGCCAUGGGCCGGGAUUAUUACUCUGUGCUCCAGAUCUCUAGAAAUUCAGAGGAUGCCCAGAUCAAGAAGGCGUACCGGAAACUUGCCCUUAAGAACCACCCGUUGAAGUCCGUUGAGCCAUCCUCAGCAGAGACGUUCAGGCAAAUAGCAGAGGCCUAUGAUGUGCUGAGUGACCCUGUGAAGAGAAGCAUCUAUGACAAGUUUGGAGAGGAGGGCCUGAAGGGCGGGAUUCCUCUGGAGUUUGGAUCCCAGACCCCAUGGACAACUGGUUACGUCUUCCACGGCAACCCCGAAAAGGUUUUCCACGAGUUCUUUGGAGGGGACAACCCCUUUGGUGAGUUUUUUGACGAAGAAGGAAGUGAGGUGGAUUUGAACUUUGGGGGGCUCCGGGGCCGAGGGGUCAGGAAACAGGACCCCCCAGUUGAACGAGACCUCUACCUAUCCUUGGAGGACUUAUUCUUUGGCUGCACCAAGAAAAUUAAGAUCUCCCGAAGGGUGCUGAACGAGGAUGGGUACUCCUCUACCAUCAAGGACAAGAUCCUCACCAUUGACGUGAAGCCUGGUUGGAGGCAGGGCACACGUAUCACCUUCGAGAAGGAAGGGGACCAGGGCCCCAACAUCAUCCCAGCCGACAUCAUCUUCAUCGUAAAGGAGAAGCUACACCCUCGUUUCCGCAGAGAGAAUGAUAACCUCUUUUUUGUGAACCCCAUCCCCUUGGGCAAGGCUCUGACCUGCUGCACCGUGGAAGUGAAGACCCUAGACGACCGUCUGCUCAACAUUCCCAUCAAUGACAUCGUCCAUCCCAAGUACUUCAAGAAGGUGCCAGGUGAGGGGAUGCCGUUGCCUGAGGACCCCACCAAGAAGGGAGACCUCUUCAUCUUCUUCGACAUCCAGUUCCCCACCCGCCUCACACCCCAGAAGAAGCAGAUGCUGCGCCAGGCAUUGCUGACAUAACUCUGGUGGGCUGGGGGCAGGACCAGGAGGAGGGGAACGCUAGUUGGGCCUUACCCAGCUCCUACUCCCACAGCCUCAGGGUGUGCAGGGGAGCCAGCCCACUGUGCUGAUGUGACGGGAGGCUGGGAUGGCAUGGGACUUUUAAACUGACACAAUAAAGAUUUAUUUCCUUUCCUCCAGCUACACCCAGGAGAGUGUGUUGGAGGGAGAGGUGUGUCUUAUAGCCCUUCUUGUGGAACAGAGGGAAGGGCAGGGCCCAAGAAGCCAAGAACCUGGGUCCUUGUCCUGGCUUUGUGGGCGUGGCCAUGUCCCUGAGGAUUCAGAGCCUCUGUGCUCCCACCUUGAUAGCGUGGGGCAGUGCUAUGUGAGGGUCCCCAGCUCUGCUCUGAUUUCUCAUGACACACGAUCUUUACAAGGGGCUGACUUGAGAGCAUGAUAUGGUGACAUUGUUCUCAGGAAAACUGAAGGACAAAGAGAAAACACUUGUCCCAGGUCACACAGGGCUCAGUGGCAAAGCUGUC